UUGCAUGUGUACUGGAGUCUUUGCAAGUGUGCUUGUGUGUCUUUGCAUGUGUGGGGGUGUGUGUGUAAGUGUGUGUUUGUGCAUGUUCUAAUGAAACUGCAGGAAACUUAACAUUUCUUUGUGGCCUAAACAUUUCUUUAUUAUUCUAAUAACUUGCAUGAAAGUGUUAUUAAUAAUCUGAGCUUUUAAUAUAAGAAAAUAUUCAUUUUCACUUUGUUGGUUAAAAGUCUUGUUUUGAUGCUUCAGAGCUUCAGGGCAAAUUAAAAUCAGGCCACAUAGCUCCUCCCGCAACUCUUUUUGCGCAACAUCUGCUACCUGGAAUCUCCCUCAGGCUGUUUGUAGAGUAUAAAAGACGAGUAUAAAAGACAGACGUCUCUACUGAGCUGCAUUAGUCCUGACACCAGAGCAUCAUGGAUCAACUGGUAUCUGAGAAUGAGAACCGCAGACGUAUUGCGUUACUGGACAACUCCUUCAGUCCACCCAAGCAGCCCCUGCUCCAGCCGGGUCGGGUUCUGUUAGGAAUGGGCAGCCUGACGAAGCAGUGCCGGAAGAAGUGGAAGCUCAAAGCCUUCUUCCUCUUCAACGAUGUGCUGGUGUACGGCAGCAUCCUUGUGAAAGACCGCUGGUUCAAGAAGCAGAAGAUUAUCCCUUUAGGGGACAUCAAGAUGGAGGACUUGGAGGACAGUGAGGAAGUCAAGCACCAGUGGCUGAUCUGUUCUCCCAAAAAGUCUUUCUACGUGUCCGCCACUUCGCUGGAGGAGAAGAAGGCCUGGAUGGAGCACAUUGAGGAGUGUCGCAGGAACCUGCUGCAGGGCGGGGGCUGCACACCAGGCUCCACAUUUGCCCCCACCUGGAUCCCAGACCACAUCUCCCAAAGAUGCAUGCGCUGCUUCACAAUCUUCUCCAUCUCCAAGCGCAAACAUCACUGCAGGAGCUGUGGCUUCUUGGUUUGCAACCAGUGCUCCAAGACGCGAGCCGUCAUCGAUAAUCUUCACCCCAGUAAAGAGGUGAGGGUCUGCAAACUCUGCAACAAACUGGGAGAAGAGGACAACCGACGUCGGAGAGGAGACAGUGCUGGACAGGAGAGCCUUAAAAGCGAGGAGUCAUCCUCAUCCAGUGAUGAAGAAAAAAUAUAAGACUGUUUUUAGUGAAUCCUGCACUUUGGAGCCCAGAAGAAAUGCAUAAAUUGCACAAAGUUUGAUAAAAAUCUUGACAUACUGUGAUUACAUGUGUAUUGUAUUGCCAUUUUUGUAUUUCUUUCUCUGCAUAUCAACACAUGCACUGUUUAUUGGCUGCUGCUCUCUGGUGGGAGGAGCUAGAAAGAAACCAUAAUCAAUCUUAAAGACAAAAGUUAAAAAACAAAAAUAAAAGGAUGGAAAUCCUUGAAGAAAAACAUGUAGAAAUUAUGUGUAAAUAUGUUGUUUUUAUUCAAGUAUUUCUUUUUCAGAUUGUAUGAAAGUAACAUUUUUAACUUUGUUGUUUUAGAGACUAUGUUGUAUUCACUGUGACUAAUCUGCUGCUCUUCA